UGAAGGGCUUACAUAAAUUUUCCAAAUAUCUUUUAGGUUGUUAUACUAUUUUGAAAAUUAAAAAUUUAGUAAUGAUAAUGACUCUUUUAUCAUUCUAAACAAAAUCAUUUUUUCAAAAAUGUCAAAUAUUUUCCUAUAUUUUUUUUUUAAAAUUUUGUUUUUGGAAGCCUUCCCCUCCCCUCCCCUCCAAACUCCCAAACAUAGCCUAAAUGAAAGGCUAUUCUGAUCCUUCCCUUAGACUACCUGUCCCUCUAUGGCAUGGGACAGUCUUAUGGCGAACGAUAAUUCGACGACCCUUCAACCUCCAAAUCAAAGGACUUCCUUAUCCUCCUAUGAUAUGGAUAGCCCUGAAAGGCUAAAAGAACAUUUUUCAUCUAACCAGGUAAUUUUCCCCUAAUUGCUUUGCUCUGUUUUAAAUUUCUUUUUCUACCUUUUUUCUAAAAAACUUCAAUAAGGCUACGCUCAUUUACGAGCUAAAGUCCUUGUUUCUCUUCUUCUACAUUUCUAAAUUUUUGGUUUCAAAGAGCAAAGCAAUUAAGAGCCCAUGGAAAACCAUGGAUGCAAAGGGUGUCUUACACCUUCCCUUUGCAUAAAUUACCCCCCGUACUCAGUUUCUUUUUAAAAAAGGUUUUUUCCUGUUCUUUUAGCCUUUCUAUAAAUUGGAUAAAAUAAAAGUCGGUGGCGACUCUUGCUAUCCGCACAUUUCAAAUAAAGUCAGUUCACCGUAUUACAAAUCGUAUAUGAUAUCUUUCUUGUUGUGCCACAAUUUCCCUUUUGUUAUUUUUUUUCAAGGAUAAUGGCUGCAAACAACGACAGGAUGAGACUCAGUCGUCCCACCCUAACCUCGUCUGCUCGCCGCAAGGGGACUCGUCAGCAUGAACAGGCUAGAGCCGUCCCUAUGCCUCACGACAGGGGGGCGUCGAGCUCUAGGAGCAUACUAUCAAAUAGGUCGUCAUCCCAGGAUCGUGCACACCAUAAGGAUGAGGUCCUAACUACACAGCAGAUCCCAUCUGCACAGGAGGCCCCACUUGCAGAUCCUUAUCCCGGAGGGCCCACUUCAUUACUGAUUUACUUUGGAGAUCAUGUGGCUUCGCAUAUAUGGGACGGAGAGGUCUUUGUGCUUCUAGGUACAACAUCAUCAGCCAUGGCAUGCAAGCGGAAUUUGCUGAGAGAUGGCAUAGCGAAACGCCAUAUUUCCACCACCCUAUUGGCGAGAUGACUAUUACUGUAGAUGAUGUAGCUUCCUUCUACACCUCCCCAUCAGAGGAAGGUUAUUUGAUCAUUCUAAGACCACCAAGACUAAUGCAAUGGAGAUGAUGGUGGUUUAUUUGGGAGUUGACCCUGAGGCAGCCAUGAAGUAGUGUAACAGCAUCACAGGUGCAGAUGUUAAGUUUUUUUGUUUGGAGACGUUGUAAAAUGACAACUUGCAUCUUCGAAUAAAAUUUAGACAAAAGAAUGAUAUUUGAUACAUUCAGAGUGUCAUACCCCAAUUUUUGAC